AUGUCUUGUGAGAAGCCCAACUUCCGCGCGCAGCCGGCGGUGCGGAGCAUCUUCGUGUACAAGAACGGGGACGCGCACAUGGAGGCACGGCGCGUGAUCAUCCACGAGAAGCGCGUCUGCGACUUCGAGACUCUGCUGCGCGAGGUGACCGGGCGAGUGCGCGCUCCAUUCGGUGCCGUGCGCAGCAUCUACACACCACGAGCCGGGCACCGGGUGGAAACGCUCGAGCACGUGCGCCACGGCGAGCAGUACGUCGCGGCCGGCAAGGAGAAGUUCAAGAAAUUAGACUAUUUGCAAAUCGGAAGCAAGAAGAAACAGAUGCUACAGAACAACGGGCUGGUGAAAGCAGCACCGCCGAGCCGGAUCAUCGUCUCAGCCCGGUUUCUGAAGCCCAUCAAAGAGCCAUGUGCAAUAUUCAUUGUUGCUAAUGGUGACAUACUGAAUCCGGCUGUGAGGUUUCUGGUUCCUAGCCGCCUGCUCAAUCAGUAUGAGCGAAUUCUGGAGAUGAUCACAGAGAAAAUGGGGCUGAGGAUUCUGGGUGGAGUGCGCAGUUUGUGUUCGCUGGAGGGACUUCCUUUAACAGACGGGAAAGAUCUGGAAAACGGGCAGUUUUACGUGGCAGUGGGCAGAGACAAGUUCAAACGCCUGCCUUACGCCGACAUGCUCUUCACCAAACCUGUAGGCAUGAGGAGGAACAUCAGAUCGAAAGCAGCUUCUCUUCCACCCAUUUACAAAUAUGCAAGACAAAACGGGGAAGCAAUUAACGGAGUGAGCAAUUCGAAUCACAGUGACGACGUGAAGAUCAGCGACCCGGCUAUAUCUCUGAUGCGACAGAUUUCGCAGGCCAGGCUUAUGGCCAUACGCAAGAAGCGGAGCAACCUGACCAACUCAUUCAGCACCCAGGAUAAUGAUGAGGAAGAAGCUAAACCUGAAUGCAAGGAGGUGGAGAGCAAAGAAAAGCCUGAGGAAGAUGAAAAUUCAGCAGCUGAGCAGGUAUAUGGCAGUGAGGACAUAGGAGCUGGAGAGGAAGAGGCAGCAGCUGGGGAGGAAGAGGCAGCAGCUGGGGAGGAAGAGGAUGCAGCUGAACAGGAAGAGGCAGCAGCUGAACAGGAAGAGGCAGCAGCUGCGGAGGAAGAGACAGCAGCUGAACAGGAAGAGGCAGCAGAUGCGGAGGAAGAGACAACAGCUGGGGAGGAAGUGGCAGCAGCUGUGGAGGAGGAGGCAGCAGCUGGGGAGGAGGAGGAGGCAGCAGCUGGGGAGGAAGAGGAAGUAGCUGGGAAGGAAGAGGCAGCAGCUGGGGAGGAAGAAGCAGCAGCUGGGGAGGAAGAGGCAGCAGCUGGGGAGGAAGAGGCAUCAGCUGCAGAGGAAGAGGCAGCAGCUGAAGAGGAAGAAGCAGCAGCAGAGGAAGCAGAAGUGGCAGUGGAAGAUGAAGAGGCAGCUGAAGAGAAAGAGGAGGCAGAAGUAGAGGCAGAAGCUGUGUCAGAGGCAGAAGGAGAAGACAAAGCUUAACCACAUAAAGAGGAACCCACAGGAGAGACAGUGGAGAGGAAGCAGGAGACAACACGGCAGCAGGAGAAGGAGAAGGAGAGGAAGGCUGAGACGGGAAAACUAGUGACGGUGAUGGCAUCAGAAUAUACAAUUAAAUUUAGAGUAAGAAAGUAAGAUAAAUAUUCUAUUUCUUUUUUAAUAGGUGACA